CCCCUACGUCACUCCUGGGAAAACUGCGAUCACUCAUUCGAACUACGCUGUUAGCGGUGUUUCAGGGCUGAUAGGCACCUACAGCUUCAGGAAACUAUCGCAAAAAAAUAUAUAUAUAUCAAAUACAUCGUACAUUAUCGUGUUAUUUGAUCGGUUUUAGUAAUGGCAAUAAUUUAAUAGAGUUUUGAACGCAACGCGUUUCCGAAUGCGACUACCAACUUCCAAGCGAUGCAAUCGCCACUGAAAACUUUCAUUUCAAAGAGGCCUUGUAUUUUUUUAUUUACAACAGGUCCACGGCAUAUGCGGAGAGGAGACUGAUUAGGCUAUGCAGCCUACGAAAUACAUGUAGUUAUCUUUGGUUUAUUUUACAGCCAAAGUUACUUAAGUUACUUUCAAUAACAAGAAGAGACAACUCAUCGACUGGUUUAUCGGACAGGAUACCGGACAGGAUCAGGAUUAAAAAGCAAUCGAACGCCUUCAGUUUUCCUCGAAACUACGAGCCAAGGAAUUCCAAAUCUGGUUAAAUGCGGUACGAGGCUAAAAUGAUGCCGAUGUUCCUGACAGUGUACCUCAGUAACAAUGACCAGCAUUUUACAGAGGUGCCCAUUACCCCAGAGACGCUGUGCCGGGACGUGGUGGAGCUAUGUAAGGAGCCUGGAGAGACUGAAUGCCACCUGGCUGAGAUGUGGCGUGGAUCUGAGCGACCUGUAGGAGUCGGGGAGAGGAUGCUGGACGUGCUCCAGCAUUGGGGGCAGCACAGGGCAGAGGUGCGCUUCUACCUGCGCCAUGACCGAGCGCCCAGCAGAGAAUCUGGUGGCUCACGAGGAUCAGACUCCAAGAGGAACGGAGUGAAGAGCACCUGGGAUAGACGGGGGGAGAACGGGGUGUCGGCCCCACGGAUGGACAUGACUCUGGCUGAGCUGCAGGAGAUGGCUGCCAGACAGCAGCAGCAGAUAGACGCACAGCAACAUCUCCUCGCCUCCAAGGAGCAGCGCCUGCACUACCUGAAGCAGCAGGAGGAGAGGCAGCAGCAGCAGGAGGAGAGGCAGCAGCAGCAGCAGGCAUCGGACCAGGAGAAGCUGCGGCGUCUCAGGGAGAACGUGGAGAACCAGGAGACACGGCUCAAGAAGGUCCGGGCCCUCAAGGGCCACGUGGAGCAGAAACGCCUCAGCAACGGCAAGCUGGUGGAGGAGAUAGAGCAGAUGAAUGGUCUGUUCCAACAGAAGCAGAGAGAGCUGGUGGUGGCUGUGUCCAAGGUUGAGGAGCUCAACAGACAGCUGGAGAUGCUCAAGAAUGGCAAGAUGGACGGCUUCAAAGACAACCAGAGCUCUGUGGCUGAGCUGGACCACCUCUACAAAGAGCUGCAGCUGCGUAACAAGCUGAACCAGGAGCAGAAUGCCAAGCUGCAGCAUCAGAGAGACAGUCUGAACAAGCGCAACCUGGAGGUGGCCUCUAUGGACAAACGUGUCAGUGAGCUCCGAGACCGCCUCUGGAAGAAGAAGGCCGCUCUGCAGCAGAAAGAGAACCUGCCGCUGCCCUCUGAUGGUCCGGUGGGUCAGCAGCAGCAGCAGGGUCCGUCUCGUGUGGCGGCUGUCGGCCCUUACAUCCAGUCGUCCACCAUGCCUCGUGGCCCAGUGAGACACGAGCUGCUGGUCAAACCUGCUGCCUACCCCGAUGGCACCGCCACCCUGCCUGCACACCCAGAACCCCAGGACAAAGGUAACACAGGUAAGCUGGCAGAGUGGGGCACUUCUGGACCAGAGUCCAACAGCAGUAGUCUUGGGUCAUCCUCCAUACUGCCCAGAAUGACCUCUGACUCCAGCGCUAACACAGAGCAAGGUGAGACGGAGGGCAUGAAGAGGGACCGGCGGGUGCGUCCGUUCUCUAUGUUUGAGCCCACUGAGGUGUCCGCCUCCUCCCUCCGCAAGAACCAGAGCAGUGACGACCUGGUCAGAGACGCCCAGUCUGCUCCUAAAGCUGCAGUCAAGGUGCCCCCACCCGUCGCCAGCAAACCCAAAGCCCCGGGUUGCGCCCCCUAUGGCAAGCCAGGCCUCAACACCGGGACCUUCCCCAAGGCCAAGCCCCCAGAGCAACAGCACCCCCAGGAGGCAGCCAAGGCCCGCGUCCCACUGCCCCCAUCCCAGAGCCAGACCCUGCCCCUGCCCUCCAAGCAGGACCCCCCUCUGGCAGCCACCGUAAGACCCUUCACACCAGAGCUGCCUAAGGACCUGAGCAAGCCCCAGACCCUGGCAGCCAGCUCCAUCUACACAAUGUACACUCAGCAGCCCACCCCAGGCAAGCCCUACCCACCGGCCAUACAGGGGUCUCUCAACAGGAGCCAGAGCCGAGGCAACGGAUUUGUCAGUGUGUACGGUAAGCCUGUGAUCUCCGGUGGUGGCCCCCAGCAACCAGAGAACCCAUACAGUGAGCAGCGGCACUCCCCAGACCAGCCCUCAGAGGUGGACCACGGGGCACAACAGGGCCCCCCCACUGAGGGCCAGCAGGGGGAGACAGAGCGCACCCCCCGUCCCCUCAGCCCCACCAAGCUGCUGCCCUUCAUCUCCAACCCCUACCGCCAUCAGAGUGACGGGGACCUGGAGGCCCUCAGGAAGAAGCUGUACAACGCCCCACGGCCCCUGAAGAAACGCAGCUCCAUCACAGAGCCCGAGGGCCCCGCAGGGCCCAACAUCCAGAAGCUGCUUUAUCAGAAGACCACGCUGGCUGCCAUGGAGACCAUCCUCACCACGCCCACCACACCUGAGGCUGUAAAGGAUGCGGGAGGGGCGUUGCCUGGUGUUCCAGGUGCCCCGAUUGUUGGGGAGAGCAGCCAACCAGGAAGUGUGAAACUGGAGGUGCGUGACGUCCCUCCUCCCACCCCUAACCACCACCUCCCACCCCCAGCAGAACAGACUACCCCACCAGCCAUCCCAGAGGGAGACAGAGAGGAGUUCACGCCCCCUCCCCAUCCACCCCACCCUGCCCCUCGACCUGACCAGCCCCGGUUCCCCCCACCGCCCCCUGCUGCUGCAGGCAUGGAGGAGCCCAGCCCACCCAGCCUGCAACCUCCUCCAGAGAGUUUCAUGGAAGAAUUCCCCCCCUACCCUCCACCACCUUACCCCAGCGGGGCUGAGCAGGAGAUCCUGGGGGAGGACACCUUCAGCAUGCAGGCACCGGAGGUCACAGGACAGGUCACAUUGCCACCGGGGAAGAGGACCAACCUGCGUAAGACCGGCUCCGAGAGGAUCGACCACAGCAUGAGGGUGAAGUUUAACCCCCUGGCCCUGCUCCUGGACUCCUCUCUGGAGGGAGAGUUUGAUCUGGUCCAGAGGAUCAUCUACGAGGUGGAGGACCCUAGUCUGCCUAAUGAUGAGGGGAUCACAGCCCUCCACAACGCAGUCUGUGCCGGACACACAGAGAUCGUCAAGUUCCUGGUCCAGUUUGGUGUCAACGUCAACGCAGCCGACAGCGAUGGCUGGACUCCGCUGCACUGCGCGGCCUCCUGUAAUAACGUGCAGGUGUGUAAGUUCCUGGUGGAGUCCGGAGCAGCGGUGUUUGCUAUGACCUACAGUGACAUGCAGACGGCAGCGGAUAAGUGUGAGGAGAUGGAGGAGGGAUACACCCAGUGCUCCCAGUUCCUCUACGGUGUGCAGGAGAAGAUGGGCAUCAUGAACAGGGGCGUGGUGUACGGCCUGUGGGACUACAGCAAUGACAAUUCUGAUGAGUUGGCGUUCCAUGAGGGAGACUGCAUGACCAUCGUCCGCCGAGAGGACGAGGACGAGACCGAGUGGUGGUGGGCGGGCACGGGCGACACGGAGGGCUACAUCCCUCGGAACCUUCUGGGGCUUUACCCAAGAAUUAAGCCCAGACAGAGAAGCCUGGCUUAGACCCCUUGUCAAUCCUGAACUGUAAAUAUAUCAGGAGGCAUGGACACUGGCUGCAUCUCAUUGGUCCAAUACCUCUCCUCAUCUUCUCUCCUUCAUCUGCUGUGAUCUGUGAAGUAAUAUGGGGGAAGAUAUAGAUGGAGCAACAAUUGAGAUGCAGGUCCACACAGGCUUUAUUUAAUAGGACCGUACAAGGAGAGACCAACGAUCACGUGAAGAAACGUUGAGACCGAACCACAUGAAGGAUUUUAAACUGACCCAAGAACACUACAGACGGGCCUAUGACCACUGACUUUGGCCCAUCUGAGGCACUUUUACAUACCAGGAGAAGAGGUUUUCCACACUUAUUUUCCCAGACCACUGUGUGUGUAUAAGACACUAAAGGCAUUAUGUUUCUCUACAUGUUUUGUCGUAUUGUUUUCCGAUCAAGUAUCUGCAUUAAUGGAUAUUGAUCAGAAUGCCUGGGGAUAAAUGUAAAAUGGAACAAACAAUAUUUUUAUGUUGAAAGGUGUUUUUUACACUUUUACAUAGUUUUUAAAACUGUUAUUCUUUCAUUUUAACCUCGUCAGAAAGAGCUGGAGCUGAACAAUGUGUUAGUUGAGUGAAUGAAUGAGUGUAAUACAUGAUGAAUGUGAUGAAUUUUGUAUGAACAGGUAUUCUGUUACCUUAUGUCAUUUCCUGUUUUUAGUGACUGUGUCCCACUCAGUAUAACCACAAUAGAAGCCCAUGUUUCAGCAUUGACCCUACUGUACUGGCAAGGGUUAAUGUCUGAGUGUGUACCACAAUUACCACUGUUCAACUUAUCAAACUGGGAAUGAAAUGAUGAAACGUAUGUUUGGUUGGUGAAACGUAGCCUAUACCACUGUUGAAUGAGCUAUUGCUUUUGACUCUUGUUCUUCGAUGAUGCUAAGAUAGCCUGUUGUUCAGUAUAUUUUCUAAGUGAGCCGAUAUAAGCAGCACUCGUUAUAUUUCUCGACACUGGCUUAAUGGUGGAGCUAUGACAAACAGAUAAGUACUACAGUUGUGCUAUUGUCACAAUAGACAUUCCUCGGAAACUAUGACAUCACUAGUGAAAUCCACGUGUCAUCUGUUUCUAAAAUGGCGUCCCUGCAUUUAAAUGGACCAUUUAGCCAUGUAGGAAGGAUGAGAGGGUUAACUUCAAGGAACCUUGUUCACACGCUAUGUAGCUUGGCUUGAAGAGUAAGAGAUGGUAGAGAUGAAUGCUUAUAAUGUCAGACAAGGUGUCUUUCCUUAAAAUCUCUAAAGCAAGUUUAAUGAAAGCUCAUUCAUAGUAAGGAAUUCUGCAUCAACUCGUCAGAUUCAACAGAUGGAUUUAUUUUUGUUACGUUUUAUUAUCGUUCUUUUUUUGUUUUGUCCAACUAUAACCUCACAUGUAGAAUUGUAAACAUUUGCAAUAAAAUACGGACCUUCCGGAUCCGGUGGCAUGCA